UCAGGUAUCAAUGGUUUUGUUGGAUCAAAGACUUAGUACCUCCAUUACCUGGUGAAAUCUGUCAGGACCAAGACACACCAUUGAAACAAACUGGCACAGUUCUGAGGUUACCUGGCCAAUCUUUCCAAGCAGGUUUAUCUUACAUUUUCGAAUUUAAAGUACUGAGAAAAGAUAAAAGCUCAGAAGCUGGGAGUUUUCAACAAGAGAUACUAUUCUUGAAAGGAGAUCGACCCGAGUUAUCCAUUCAAUGUUUGGAUAACUGUGAAAGAAAAGGACUCGCCUAUAAAUCACUCAGACUGUCAGUACUAUGUACAAGUUGUGAUUCACAAACAAGACUUUUCUAUACUUGGUCAAUGGAAGGUGGAAAUGCAAAAAAACAUUUAAAUUGGACAGAAGAAACAAACAGUGACCGUCACUCUAAUCAGAUUCUGGUGUUCAGCAACAUACUGAUUCCCGGGGACUCCUAUAUCUUUUCAGUUCAAGGAGAUCCUGGUAAUGGUUUGAUUGGUACUGCAAAUUACAGGAUAACAAUGAACUCACCACCAAAGGUUGGUUCUUGUAACGUCAUACCAGAAACUGGGGUGACUCUAGAAACUAUGUUCACUGUGAGGUGUAAAGGCUUUCAAGACGAAGACAUUCCAAUGACCUACCAGUUCUUCUACAGCAACAAAUUAGGUAUUCAUUCUGAAACAGCUAAUGACAGAAAAGGGACCUUACUGAAGUUCCGACACUAUCCUGAAAUGUCAAACACUCUCUUGCCAGUUGGUGAUCCAUCAUACAAUUAUACAGGCAUUAUUACUGUAAUGGUUUCAGAUGCUUUUGAUAUGUCUGUGGAGACCAACAUUUUCAUACAGGUUUUGCCUUUGCCUAGCAAAAGUGGGCAACAUAAAAGUGAACUAAUUAAAACGUUUGUCACAGUUACAGAGAAUACAACUAGCUCACCUUUAGAACACAUUUUGAAAUCGGGAGAUGUUGAAGGAGCAUUAAAUAUGGUGGAUGCAAUUUCAUUGCUUUUAAAUACAGAUGAUGCCUCUGUUGACGAGAAAGAUGAUAAUGUAAAAGAAAAUGCUCAGAUCCGAUCUAAGCUUCUCACUUCUUUGGAAGAAGUACCUUUACAUAGUAUUCCAGCUGUAAAACAAACCUCAUCAGUUCUAACUUCUGUUCUCAGUGGAAAUCCAAAGGAAGUUACAAUUGAUUCCAAAGAUAAAGCAGCAUCCAUCCUAGAAGACAUAACAUCAAAGUUAAUUGAAGAGGGAAAUUCAGAAAGUAUUUCCUCAAAAGAACUUUUAGAUGUAUCCCUGUCUGUUGUUAAUGGAAUGUCUGCUUUGCUUAACGUCACUGUUGGUAAUGCUACUGUAGUUAGUGAAGUUGACAACACAGAGUAUUACAAAGAACCAGACUAUGAUUAUUAUACAUAUCCAGACCCUGAAGAAGAUGAAAGGAAGACAGCACAAAAGAAACUGUGCUCUGUAGCUGGGCGUGUUAUGGAACUAACGAAGAAUAUUGCCAAUGAACUUUUAAGGCAAGUGCCUAUUGGUGAAAGAGAAGUGCAUCUUCACACUAAUGCGAUUGGAAUGUGGUUAAAGAAAGUCGAUGAGAGUUCGUAUAAAAGAUCAUCUUUGGGACUUAGUGAAAAUAAUAAGAUAAUCCUGCCUGCUAAAUCAAAUGUCGAUUUUUCAUCUAUACAAAAUGUCAUUAAUAUAAAAUUCAUUCAUUCCAAGUUAAACCCUUUCUUGUGUCACGAGUCUUCUAGAUAUAUCAACACCCACACUGUUUUAAUUAGUCUUCAGGAUGAGUCAAAGAACGAAGUUGCUUUUAUUUCAGAAGAAAUAACAAACUUAGAAACUUUUCUAGAACGAAAAGAUAGAGCGGCACAACGUGUGAAGGGAAUAGCAUUGGUACAAAAUACAUCUAGUUUGACAGAUGAUGAUAUCAUUCUUCAUAAGUUUGUUAUUACCCAAGAAUAUGUGUCCCUUCAAAUAGUAGUUCACCCUAAAAGGAAAGACGAAAAAUUUAUUGUUGUGAUCAAGUUUCAGUCUCAACCUGUUAUAAAAGACUUUUCAAAUGCUUCACUCAUCAUACCCUUUACCAAUGCUCAGAACACCACACAGUAUGUAUUGACCGUACCUGAGAGUAGACUACGAGCCAGUAUCGGAAUCUACUACUUAGGAGUUUUGCCGUAUGUGGAUAUCACUGCAGAACAGCUUGAUCUUCAACAUAGCUUGUUGCAGCAAGCACCAAGAUGGGAGGGAAGUAGUGAUAAGAAGCUGUCACAAGGGUAUACCUUAUCUGUUUUUAUCUCCCGCUGUUUUUUCUGGAACGAAAAAGAAGACCAAUGGUCGCAAAAAGGCUGCCAGGUUGGACCACAAACUACUGAAACAACUAUCCAUUGUAUGUGCUCUCAUCUUUCUGUCUUUGCUGCCAGUUUUUUGGUUACUCCAAACACUAUUCAACUUCGAACUAUCCCCAAACUUUUAAAAAACAUGACGAUUAAUGCAAUUGUCCUCUGCUCUGUCUGUAUUGUGUGGGGAAUUUACUUUUUAUUUAUCAUUUGGGCUCGAAGAAAAGAUAGAAAUGAUGUUUUGAAGAGGGCAGUUGUGGUGUUAGGAGAUAAUAAACCUUCUGAAACAUAUGCUUAUCUCAUUUCUGUUUACACUGGCAUAUGGUUGAAUUCAGGCACAACUGCAAAUGUUGGUAUCCAGUUACAGGGAAGAAAAACGAGUAGCCGAAAGGUACUCCUAAGAGAUUCUAACAUGAAAAGAAUGCAGCAAGGAAGUGAAGACUGGUAUCUACUUACCACAUCUGAAUCCCUCGGUGGUUUGACAGGACUGAAAGUUUGGCAUGACAGUGGUGGAGCAAAUCCAUCAUGGUACUUAAAGAAAAUCCUGGUUCGAGACAUCCAGACAGAUCGUGCUUGGCUCUUUAUAGCAGAACGUUGGCUAGACAUUACAACUGAGGGAAUACACUGUCAUUUAAAACCUACUUCUCAAAAAGAAGUUUCUAAUUUUUCUCUGAAGUUUAAUGAUACCACUAUAAGGUCUUUUCAAGAUAUAAACCUUUGGUCCAGUAUUUUAUUGCGUCCUCCACGCAGCAACUUCACGAGGGUUCAGAGAACUACGUGUGCUUUGUCUCUAGUGUUGAUAACCAUGUUGUGUAACAUCAUGUUUUAUGGAAUUAAUGUUUAUGACAUUGAGGAUCAAUUAGAAAUUCGGAAUUUUAAUGUCUCUCUAAGCCAUAUUGUCAUUGGGCUUGAAAGUAGCUUGAUUGCAUUCCUGCUGAACGUGUUAAUCAUUAUAUUGUUUAGAAAUGUUAGUCCUUGUCCUGAUCGAGGCAAGAAACAAGACCAAAUUAAAUUAGAAAUUAACCCAAGACUUGAUGAGGAAAGAAAAACUGUAAUCACAGAAGAAAAUGUUUCUGAUCUAAGCUUGGUGACUGAAAAAACACCAGUUAUUACUGACAUGCAAAACGUUACUAAGAGUGUUUCUAAUGAAAAAACACAACUACGAACAACUACCUCAACCUCAUAUCAGUGGUGGAUUGGCCUGUACAAAGAUUCCAUAAAACCCGCCCAUCAAUCCUUCUGGGAAGAUUGUGACAACGAAAAAUGUAACUUGCCUCAAGGCUGGCUUCACUCUGUUCCUGUUGUUAACUAUUUAAUUUAUGGAGCAGAUCAAGAUACAACCAAGAUCAAUGACACCAUAGAAAUACCCACUCACCCUUAUUUAUCAUGGUGGUUUAUCUAUAUAAUUUGGCCUUUAGCUAUCUUGACUUUGGUGACCAGUUCAUUCUUUACCAUACUGUAUGGGUUAACGUACGGUUACAAACGAAGUUUGGAGUGGCUGUUAUCGGUGGUUACAGCUUUAUUUCACAGUUUCAUAAUUAUUCAGCCAUUAAUGUCAAUUACUUUUGCUGUCUUGUUGGCCUGGAUAAUUAAGAAAUCUCCAGUUUUAAUGGACAGGAAUGAUAAUACUGCUCUUCAGUCAGACGAAGUGUAUGUGACACCAUCUGUGCAACAGAUGUUAUCACGUAAAAAAGAAAAUAAAUUAGAAGACAUACCAGCUGAACCUUUAUCAAAGGAAACUCAUGAAAAACUAAAGAAACUUUGGAUAAAACAGAAAUUUAUUUUAAAGAUAAUCAGAGAAGUAUUAGUAUAUGUUCUAUUUGCUGUUGCUACUUUUAUAGCUGUCCAUGGGCAUCGCUCACCUUUGGCAUACUAUGGCACCAAGACAGCUAAGGAUGUAUUUAUCAGAGGGCACUAUACGCAUUCAAUGCCCCUGAAGAAUGUGAGUAUGAUUGAGGAAUAG